GAGGCGGCUCCGAUAAAGGACCAGGAGCCAGGCGGCGCGGGCAGAGCAGAGCGGCAACGGCAGCGGCAGCUAUGGGGAUGCUCAGCCUGCUGGGUUUCCUCUCUUGCGGGAAGAAGAAGGACUUCAGUUUGUCAAAUGAAAAAGAUGCCCAUGCCAGUGACAGCGAUGAGAACUUGGAACGUGGCAACUGGUCGAACAAAGCUGACUACCUGCUCUCCAUGGUGGGCUAUGCUGUGGGCCUGGGCAACGUGUGGCGUUUUCCCUAUCUCACCUACCAGAACGGUGGAGGUGCUUUUCUAAUCCCAUAUACACUGAUGUUGGCAUUAGCUGGCUUGCCUUUAUUUUUCAUGGAAUGUUCCCUGGGGCAGUUUGCCAGUCUAGGGCCAAUUUCUGUCUGGAGAAUAUUACCAUUGUUUCAAGGAGUGGGCGUCACGAUGGUCAUCAUCUCAACAUUUGUGGCAAUCUACUACAAUGUUAUCAUCGCUUAUGCACUCUACUACUUAUUUGCCUCAUUUCAAAAAGUGCUACCAUGGUCAGAUUGCUUUUCAUGGGCAGAUGAGUUCUGCAGCAAAACACGCCUAAUAAGUGACUGCAAUGCAACCUUAAAUGGAGAAAUCAUUCAUGCAAACUACUCAUUCAUCACAAGCAACAAUCUCACCUGUAUCAAUGACACCAUAAACUAUAAACCAGUGCAAUUUCCCAGUGAGCAGUACUGGAAUAAAGUGGCUCUCCAGCGCUCAAGUGGGCUGGACGAGACUGGUAGCAUCGUGUGGUACCUGGCCCUGUGCCUCCUCCUGUCUUGGAUGAUUGUUGGAGCUGCAUUGUUUAAAGGAAUAAAAUCUUCUGGAAAGGUUGUCUACUUUACUGCACUCUUCCCCUAUGUCAUCCUGCUCAUCUUACUGGUACGAGGUGCCACCCUGGAAGGUGCUCUGGAUGGCAUUGAAUACUACAUUGGGAAACAGUCCAACAUCACCAAGCUGAUGGAGGCAGAGGUUUGGAAAGAUGCAGCCACUCAGAUAUUCUACUCCCUGUCUGUGGCAUGGGGUGGGCUUGUUGCUUUGUCUUCAUACAAUAAGUUCCACAACAACUGCUACUCGGAUGCUAUUUUUGUUUGUGUAACAAAUUGCCUCACCAGUGUGUUUGCUGGGUUUGCAAUUUUUUCCGUCUUGGGACAUAUGGCAUUUGUGUUGGAGAGACCUGUGUCAGAGGUUGUAGAUUCAGGUUUUGAUCUGGCAUUUGUAGCAUACCCAGAGGCUCUCUCCAAGCUACCAGUUUCUCCUCUUUGGUCCUUUUUAUUUUUCUUCAUGCUUCUGCUCUUGGGCCUUGACUCUCAAUUUGCCACCAUAGAAACACUUACAACCACCAUACAAGAUAUAUAUCCCCAAAUGAUGAAAAAGUUGAGAAUCCCUAUAACCCUGGGUGUGUGCAUAUUGCUCUUCUUUCUUGGUCUUAUCUGUGUUACUCAGGCAGGAAUUUACUGGGUUAACUUAAUAGAUCAUUUCUGUGCUGGAUGGGGAAUACUUAUUGCUGCUGUCCUGGAGAUAAUAGGCGUCGUCUACAUUUACGGAGGAAACAGGUUUAUCGAAGACAUUGAGAUGAUGAUUGGAAAGAAAAGCUGUUUCUUUUGGCUGUGGUGGAGAAUGUGCUGGUUUUUCCUUACUCCUGUGCUGUUAGUGGCAAUUUUGGUUUGGUCUUUGGUCACGUUUUCAACUCCCACUUAUGGCUCAGUGUUAUAUCCAGCCUGGGGAACUGCUGUUGGUUGGUGUAUGAUUAUCUUCUGUGUCAUCUGGAUUCCCAUUGUCGCUGUUGUAAAAAUAUUUAAAGCUGAAGGAAACAUUUGUCAGCGUAUUGUGAGUUGCUGCAGGCCCACUGCAAACUGGGGUCCCUAUCUGGAAUGUCACCGAGGUGAAAGAUACAGCCAUGUUGUAAAUCCCAAAAAGGAAAAGGAACAUGAGAUUCCUACUGUGUCUGGCUUCACAUACUUUCGUGAAUGA